CCUCCACCAUUGCCAUUCCCAUUCGCAUCACCAGCUAGCCAACCCUAUUCUCCGGCUCGCGCAUCUCAGGCUCCUGCGUUUGCAGGAAGGAACUCACUCUGGUAUGGACGCCCUCUCCUGCUUUGCGCCGCCUGCGAUGCUCUGCCGGUCCUUUGCGGACGCGGCCAUCGCGCGCGCGCUCCACUUCUCCCUCUCGGCCGGCUGCUCCCCCGUCCCGGAGCCGUCCAUCGUCGCCGAUCUCGGCGCCUGCAGCGUGGCAGCCACGACGGCCUCGCCCUCUUCCUGCGGCCCCAUGGCGAUGCUUCCCCCGGCGGCACCGUCCGCGCGUUGCAGGCUCGGACCUGCGGGCGGCCGCGCGGGCAAGCGGCGGCCGCGGCCGUCCAAGCGCGUGCCCACCACGUACAUAAGCUCCGACGCGGCCACCUUCCGUCUCAUGGUGCAGCACGUCACCGGCGCCGAGGCCGACCCGCAGGUCGACGCCGACGCCAGCCUCGGUGUCCUCCUGUCGCCCUUCGACUUUGAUCACUUGCUGCCGUCAGACCCUGCAGCGGCCGCGGCCCAAGUCGCCGCGUACGCCCUUCAGCACCCGCCGGCGGCGGGGGCGGAGCAGCCGUGCUUCCCGACGCUGGACUCGUGGAACGUCAUGUACGGCAACAACUAGGUGACUUGGGUUGAAAUUGAAGCUCUAUGCUCUGUAUAAACAUCAUGCAGCAAGAUGAAGGCGCCGUUGCGUCUGGCCUGUGA